AUGUAUUUGAUUAGGAAUAUUUAGUUUAGGAAUAUUUUAAUUUUCAAUUAUCAGAAUUCAAUGAAAUUGAUUAAAUGUAUUAUUUUCAAAGUGGAUUGAAUAAAUGAAAGAAAAGUGCACGUCAACAAAGAAUGUCAUGUUAUGGAUCGACAUGCUCUGGUAAAAAUAAACGCUCAUGUUUAUGUCAAGGAAAUGUGAGUUGUUUGGAUCGAGUCGAAGGUGAUGGUAUUCGUUCGAAAGGAUCGUGUCCCGUUUCAUGUCAAUGUGUCGAAGAAGAAGCGUGGAAUAAAAAUAUUCCUCCAAAACCAAAUUGCGAAUGGUUAAACAGCUUUAAGGAACUUCGUCGUCAAUGGAGUAAUCAUAGUAGGCAGCAGAAUUGCAAAUGUUACGGUUGUAUUUCAUACAGAUGCCAGUCAUGUUUAUCUUCCUUCACUGGUCCUGAUCCUCUAUUACCAAAAGAUUGUCAGAAUGAAUCUUUCAAAGAAUCUCCACUAGGAUGGACCAGAGAUUCAAAAUGUAAAGACAAAUCAACAUCAACUUCGGGAUGUUCAUUAUUAAAUUAUAAUUCUCAAAUUACCAAUAUCCAAAAUUCACGAGUUUAUAGACCAUCAUGUUCGCAAUCUCGACGACCAAUAUUAAGAAAAGGACUUUGUUCACAGUGUCUUCCGGAAUGUUGCUUUUGUCAUACUACAGAUAAAUUUUGCAAUUGCGCCUCUUCUGUUAGGGAACAUUCACGAGAUGAAUUAUCGGAAUGUUCACGAGAUCGUACAUUUCCGAGAAAUAAAAUUAAGUCCUCAGAAAAAUUAAAUUGUCAAUUACAAGAAGCAAAUAAAUGUUUAUGCAUAAAAUGUAAACCAUUAGCAUCUACGCCUAGAAGAUCAUCCAAAGUCGAUUCUGCUAAAACAAAUUGUUGUAGAGAAGAUUCAGAUUCUUCUUCCAGUCGAUCAAAAUCAGCAACUCAAUCGAAAUCCUCUCGUCGUAAGAUUUCUGAUAAUUUUUAUGGAGAGAGUCACGCACCCCAAAGUCAACUCGAUGGUCACAAUAAUAGUUCAGGAACAAUGACAGAAGUAAUGAAAGACGAUUCUUGUUGCUGUUGUAAUUUGAAAAUUAGUGAAAACAGAAAAGAAUUUAUUAAACAACAAUGUCAAAAUUCAUUUUUACCAAAAAAUUGUUUUCAAUGUCCAAUUUGUUCGUCAGUACUUUCAUCUGUUGCAUGGAAAUACCCACCAAUUAAUUCAUCGAAAUCUAAUUUCAAGACGGAAAAUAAUUUAAAAUUCAACUGCAAAAAUAUUUUGCCUAAUAAUGAUUCUUUACAUCAUGAGAAUUCAAAUUUCGAUUUAAAUUCGUCAAUUAGUUUUAAUGAAUCUUGCAAAAUCGAAGAGAAAUGUAAGGAAAAAGUGAAAUUUCCAAAACAGUAUAAAAGUGAAGAGAAAAUAACUUUUAGAAAUCCUCCGUUGAAUAUUGGAAAUUGUCUGCCAAUGGAUUCGAAUAGAAAUCAAUAUAACGCAAAAGAAAUCGUAUCGUGUGUGAAAGAUUGUAAGCGUUAUAAGAAAAAACAAAAUAAAAAGCAAGUUUCUUGUAAAUUCAAGUUGGAUCAAAAAGAAGAUAUUUUUAAAUCAAAACCUCAUUUAUCUAAAGCUAAUAACAAUCACUUAAAUUCCUCUCAAAAUACAGAUGAAAAAAUUAACAAAGAAAACAAUAAUUGUGAAUUGUGUAAUAAUGACAAUUUAAUUGAAUCUUCAAGCAAUGAAUGUGUUAACUCAAUAAAAGAUUAA